GCUGUCAUUACACGUUCUCAUGAAAAUGAAAAUAAAUAAUAAUUCACGUGCUGUUUAUUUAUUACAGCUGCUGUAUUUUUAAAAACAAAUAAACAUUUGUUAAUUUUUUGAAUUUUGAAAAGAAAUUUGAACAAUUGUUUUAAGAAAAAUGAUUGAUUUAAUUUUAUCCAAUGGAAAUGUAUUUGUUUGGAGCGCUGAAGAUUGGCUGACAUUAAGAAGACAACAUCGUAUAAUUGGUGCGACAAUUGGUUGUACUCCUACACUACCACGUCAAGAAGUUUUACAUGGACUUCCUCUGAUGCUGAUUCCUGAAGAAGUGACUUUAUUGCUGGAGACUAAAAUCGCCAGACUGAUUGAAUAUCCUUGCUUACGACAAGAGCCGGAUGAUGAUUUGAAAAAAGUAUUCGAAGAUCACAGGAAGAGGCUGUUUGCUGAGCAGGACGAGUGCUUGAAGGAAGGAAAAAGGCUGCAGAUACUUGGAAAAAUAGAAUCUAUUGUAGAGGGGAAGAGACGCAAGAUACUGGGGUUGAAAACUUCGAAAAAGAAUAUGAGGAAGUCUUUGGACGGCAGCACAGCAGAGGCGGCGAGUAAAAUAGAAAUAGAUCGCGAUGCUCUUUUGGCUGAGGAACUUGAUAAGCUUCCCAAGCUUGACCCUGAUGAUUCCUUGGUUCAAAUCCAUACAAAUUAUCCUUGGAAAAAUGAUGACGUCAAAGAAGUUCCCUGGAAUUAUCCUCAGUCUGAUGAAGAAAAGUUGAGGUGUCAAGUCUACAAGGACUUAUGGAGCAAAGGAUACUUUUUAACCAGCGGAGAGAAAUUUGGUGGUGAUUAUCUUGCAUAUCCAGGUGACCCUUUGAUGUUCCACUCGCAGUUCAUUAUUCUGUGUACGAACAUUGACGAAGAGAUUCCAAUUCUUGACCUAAGUGGCCAAUGCCGAGUCGCUUGUCACGUCAGGAAAACCCAAGUCUACGCAUACUUCUCUGAUGACAACCAAGUUACCUAUCAAUCUUUCCAAUAUGAAAACUCGUCUAUGAUAUAA